GUAAGGGACGUAAAAAUAUUAAACGAAAAUGCAUGCUUCGAACAUUUCACUAUUUCAUUUGUGGUGGACUUUUAUUUUACGAACGUUGAGGUUAUGACAACGUCAAAACAAGAUUUUAAUAGCAAAGAAACAUCUUUCCGCCGUUUUUAUACUUUGUUCAAACAUUAACUAAGAUAAGAAGAUACCGUAUUGUCUUGUUACUGUUCGAAACGUUUGAAAGAAGCAUGGUUAGAAAAAGUACAAUUUAAUAAAUUAUGUUUUUCUACUACAUCUGAUGUUAAUAGUAUGAAGCCACAUACAUGUUGGCUAUAUGUCUCCUUAUUAUUAAUACUUGGUAUCGUGAUUCUUUCAUCUCAUAAUCAAGUAAAUUGCUUGUUACAAAGCAAUAAUCUUGUAAACUCUAAGCAUAACACUAUAACCAAGUCACCGUGCUGUGGCAGUAAUCCUGAACAAGUAAAACUUCAUUUCGCCAGCAGAAUCAUUGAAAAUGAAUAUAUUGUUGCGUUCAAAGGCUAUUAUAAGCCACAUACGCGCGAGAAUUAUAUAAAAGCUGCAUUGAACUCGUCUGGGAUACACAAGUGGAAAAUUUUAUUUCGUAAUAACUUAGCUAGUAAUUAUCCUAGCGAUUUUGAUGUCGUUCUUCUGGAAGAAACGGAUAAACAUAAUGGCUUGGAUGCUUUGACCGAUCAUCCUCUCAUUAGGAGGGUAACUCCUCAGAGACUCGUACAAAGGAGUUUGAAAUUUAUUAAUGCGUCGGAAGAUGUUGAUUUCGCAGAAUAUAAAAAUUUCAAAAGAAAGAUCAACAAUUAUAAUAACCAGUUUUGGCAAUCAACCAAUCGUCAUACAUCGCGUAGAUUAUUAAGAGCUAUACCGAGACAAAUUACAAGUAUACUUCAAGCUGAUGCCCUAUGGGGUAUGGGUGUUACUGGGAAUGGUGUUAAGGUAGCAAUAUUUGAUACAGGACUAGCAGCUAGUCAUCCACACUUUAAAAAAAUUAAAGAACGUUCGAACUGGACGAACGAGAAGACGUUAGAAGAUGGUUUAGGCCAUGGAACAUUUGUAGCUGGAGUUAUUGCUUCAUCUUGUAUAGACUGCCUUGGCUUCGCUCCAGAUGCUGAGCUUCAUAUAUUUCGCGUAUUCACGAACAGCCAGGUAUCGUACACAUCAUGGUUUUUAGACGCAUUCAACUAUGCUAUUCUUACAAAAGUUACAGUAUUGAAUCUUAGUAUUGGAGGACCAGAUUUUAUGGACCAUCCAUUUGUUGACAAAGUAUGGGAGCUAACAGCAAACGGUGUGAUUAUGGUAUCUGCAAUUGGCAACGACGGGCCUUUAUAUGGUACCUUAAACAAUCCUGCCGAUCAGAUGGACGUUAUCGGAGUGGGUGGGAUUAAUUGGGAGGAUCAAAUAGCAAGAUUUUCGUCACGUGGCAUGACAACAUGGGAAUUACCGUCCGGUUAUGGGAGGGUCAAACCCGAUUUAGUAACGUAUGGAUCAGGUGUACGAGGUUCAGCAUUACAAACCGGCUGUAGAACUUUGUCUGGGACUUCGGUCGCAAGUCCGGUCGUCGCUGGUGCUGUAGCACUUUUAGCUAGCGGAUUCGUGCAACCAGAUGGAUCUCAACCUGUUAAGCAAAGGAUAACUCCGGCAAGUAUGAAACAGGCUUUGCUUGGUUCCGCGCGUCGUUUACCUGGAGUUGGAAUGUUCGAACAAGGUGCUGGGAAGUUGGAUCUAUUGCGAGCAUUUCAUUUCCUACGGUCGUACACACCGAUUGCCACACUUAGUCCAAGCUAUAUAGACUUAACGGAAUGUCAGUACAUGUGGCCAUACUGUACACAAGCUGUGUAUCAUUCUGGUAUGCCUACGAUUGUAAAUAUAACAAUAAUAAAUGGUUUGGGUGUAUCUGGACACGUAGCCGAUCUCGUUUGGCAUCCGUACACCGGCAACGGCAACGGUGACCGAAUCGACGUAUCGGUGACUCAUAGCGAUGUUCUUUGGCCAUGGUCUGGAUGGUUAGCAGUUGCUAUAACUGUUCCGUCGGCUGCUCGCGAUUGGCAAGGCAUAGCUCUAGGUCAUAUAUCUGUUACAAUUGAAUCACCACCGAGUGCCGGAGAAGAGAAAGUGAGACAGUCGAAAAUAGAACUACCCUUAAAGGCAAAAGUGAUUCCUACACCGCCACGUCAUAAACGCAUUCUAUGGGAUCAAUAUCAUAAUUUACGGUAUCCUCCGGGUUAUUUCCCACGAGAUGACUUACGUGCAAAGAAUGAUCCACUCGAUUGGAACGGUGAUCAUAUCCAUACUAAUUUCAAAGAUAUGUACCAGCAUUUACGUAAUGCCGGUUAUUAUUUAGAAGUAUUGGGCGCUCCGUUCACUUGUUUCAACGCUAGGAACUACGGUACCUUACUUAUAGUUGAUACGGAGGAAGAAUUUUUUCCUGAAGAGGUGGCCAAACUGAGGAAGGAUGUAGACGAAGAAGGUCUUUCCGUAGUCGUGUUCGCAGAUUGGUAUAAUGUUACCGUUAUGAGGAAAGUAAAAUUUUACGAUGAAAAUACAAGACAAUGGUGGAUACCGGAUACGGGAGGUGCGAACGUACCAGCGUUAAAUGAUUUGUUAUACGCUAACUGGGGUAUUGCGUUCGGAGAUCAAGUACGCAAUGGUCAAUUCAAUCUUGGACAACACCCAACUGUUACUUUUGCUUCUGGUACUACAAUUACUAGGUUUCCAAAGGACGGCGUCAUCCUUUAUGCAGAAUUGGACGAUCAAGGACAAGAGCUUCUUCUUGAAUCGGAAUCAAAAUCGACAGCUGCAGUGCCGAUUCUUGGAAUGUUUCAAACGAACGGUCACGCAGGCAUGAAAGGAAACUAUCCGAACAACCACGGAAAUAACGAAAUAACUGAUAAAGAAAACGUGGAAAAGAAUAACAUGAAGGACCAAGCAAAUGUACCAGGUAGAAUUGUAGUGUAUGGAGAUUCUACUUGCAUCGAUGACAGUCAUUUACAGAAACCCUGCUUUUGGAUGCUUGAUGCUAUACUAGAAUAUACAACGACAGGACAUAUUGCGACUGUUUUUACCGAUGACAAACAAACUAAGGCAAAGGUCCUCGAAAAGUCCAGUUUGUUAGACAGUAAUGAAUUACCGCAACGCAUGGAAGGAAGUCAUUUAAAGCGCCAUAGCAAAGUAUUACUGCCUGAAAAUACUAACGCUGGUCAUAUCAGACCACUCCCACCUUGUCCUAUAGUAACUCCUGCCAAUCCGAGACCUCUGAACGAGUCUGUCCCUAUAAAUCUUUAUAAACCCCAGAAAUUAUUAUCCGUUGGAGACCAGAUAAUAGCAAUCAAUCCGGUUCUGCAAGAUUCGAGCCCGCUCUGGCUUAGAAGGCGCGUCGGAGGCGCAAACGUGCCUACGUUGCAUCACGCGGAGCGCAUUAAUAUCGACGAUUUAAAGCAGAGCGAACAGGAUGAUAGUAUAAUAUUUACAAGUAAGUGGACAUACAUGAUAGGAGUAUUAAUCGUAGGAAGUAUAUUUCUUUACUUAUUGAACCGAUGGAAUUGCUUAAUAACGAAAAGGCAUUCUCGAAGAAAACGAACAGUCGGUAGAUUACGCAGAGUUAUUCAAACUAUUUCUCUACGCAGAGUACCUCAAAUGUGAUUGCGUAUUUAACAGACCCUCGACUAACGCAAGAUAAUGUUCAAUUAACUCCGGUGAACGCUUGAAAGAUAUAAACGAACUAUAUUAUGUGCCUUUAAAUAUAUAGUACUCAACGUAAAUUUCAACGUUGUAUAAAUUAUUUCGACGAAUUCGAUGCGUUGUUGAUUCAUCUCCGAACAGCACAAAUUUUUGUUAACGAAUACGAAGCGCAAGAUUAAUGCGCGGUUUUUCUUUUUAAUUUCUUCGAAGAAAAGAAAAUCAGGACUAAACUAAAAUAGAAAUUCAUUGCAACAGUACGAAUAUAUACUAAGGUAUGUUAGCAAAAAACAUGUAGAACAAUUCACUUGAUAAAGUAAAAGAGGAUAGAUUUUAGAUUCCAUAUUGGUAAUAUUUUAUAUGUUUAUAUUUUUUCAAACAUUUUAAUCUUUUAAUUUACAGAACACUUGCGUGAUUUAGGUGAAAAUGUGUAUAGGUGAAAUAUAUAUCAUGUUAUUUAAUUAAUAUUAACUUGUGAUACAUAAUAAUUAUUCGAGACUUUUAUGUAUAUGACAUCACCAACCAUUUUUGUUACGAAUAAAUAUGCGGUAAGAUAAUAUUAGUCCAAGAAUGUUACUUUGUAAGAUAGUCUAUAAAACGAAAAUUCCAUACGAAUAAAUCUGUUUUUAUAAAUAUA